CUAGACACUCACAUUUUGAUACUUAAAAAGGGAUAUACAGUAGAGAGGAGAUACAACGGAAGGAACAAAGAAUAGGAAAAAUCCUUAGCGCCGCAUCACUCACCUUGGACAGCAAAUUCACACACUCAGUGAUCUUUCUUCUUAAUCUCCUUCCAUAACAGCCAACCUUUUUCCUCUGCGAUUGGUUGACAAGUUGAUCUCCAUAUUGUUGUCUACUAAUCGAAAUCACCCAAAAACUCCGUCUCAACCCAUUUUUGUCUCCAUCUCUUUCUUUCGUUCUCAAGAUUAAUAAAGGUAUAAAUCAUGGGUUGAGUUCAGUGAGAUGUCCGGCGAGGCUCUCCGGUGGAGAUCUUGUUCGCGGUUUUGUCACUUUGGCAUUUCUAAGCUGCCACUCAUUUAAAUUUCAUAUUCAUUUGAGGUAAAAUGAGUUCAUCUAGGAAGAGACGCAAUGUCGGGUCCUCCGCUAGUGGACCGGAAAGCUCUUCGAGAGGUAGGAGUCAGGCCAGUGCACCACAGUUUGACAGCACUAGGUUUGUCUCCAAACCGGCAGAGGACAAGUACAAUGCAAAGGCAGCUAAGAAAUUGCUACAUGAGGUGCAUAUUGACCGACAAGCUUUAGAGGUAGAAUGCCCAAAUAUCUUCAAUGAGUUGAGGAGGUAUCAGCUGGACAUCUUCUUCGAGGUACCGGAGGUGGCCAAUGUUCAGAUGGUAAGGGAGUUCUAUGCUAACUGCCCGGAACAUGAGAAUGGGGUUGUCACUGUAUGCAAUACCCGGGUAGAUACAUCCCUAGAGGCCAUCCGAAGGAUGUACCAGCUGCCAGUGUUCUGGGGGGAAUAUGAUGUUUAUCGUACUUAUAGCCGAACAAAUGCCUUGUGGGCAACUCUUCUUGAGACUAUUUGUGUUCCAAAUAGAGAAUACAUAUGGAUAAAGCACCGAAUCACACUUAACUCCCAGUCUCUUAAUUGGGAGGCUAAGUGUUGGCUCACCAUUAUCAACAGUCGAAUGUUGCCCUCCAGCAAUAUGACAGAUGUCAAUCAACCACGGGCGGCAGCGAUCUACUAUUUCAUGGCCCACAGGGAUUUUGAUGUGGCUCGGAUCCUCCAUGACGAGAUGCUCAUUAGAUCACCUGAGUUGCUCAAAGGCUUCUACUUCCCUUCUCUAGUCACCAGGCUGUGCCAUCUAGCUAGAGUCCCUGAAGACCCUAGAGUUGAUGGGAAAUUGCCACUGAAAGCCCCGUUCCUGGCAAGAAAAAUCAGAAUUGGGAUGGAGCCGCUGGUAGAUGUUGUUGAAUCAGAUGAUGAAUCUGACGAUGAUGAUGCGGAGGCAGCUGAGGUCCCACCACCUACGAGAGUUGAUGAGGCAUGCCCAUCACAGCCCCGCCGGAGUACCCGCAUGACAGCUUUGGAGCAGGAGAUGGCUGGGUUGCAUACCUCAGUCACUGAUUUGGGUGCCCGCGUAGACGCGAUGGUUGAAUGGCAGGUGAAGUCGGAGAAGAAAUUCUUAGGCUGGCUGAGAGCUCUGGGUCGUGCUUGCCAUGUGAACCCAGAUACCGUCUCCGAUCAGGAGUGAUCUUACAGGGAAGUUCCUCUACCUCACUGUUUUUAAAUUUUUUAUGCCAUGAGGACAUGUCUACAUUUUAAGUGUGGGGUGGGGGAUACUUCCAUGUAUGUAUAUAUUUGUAACAAUUUGGUUGUUUAAUUUCUUUUUGUGUUUCGCUUUGAUGGUUUUUGGUGUUUUGAGAAAUAAUCUCAUUAGGUAAGUUAAAGUAGGUAAGUGACUUGUCCCGACGAUGGAUCUCGUUCGACGGGGUUCUUGAGGGACUAAGUCAAAAAAAAUGUAUAUAUAUAUAUAUAUAUAAGGACUCUUCCUGAUGACGGAUAUUUGAGACAGUUCUUGAGGGAAGUUGGUCUAGAGAAAAUCCCAAAAAGAUUUUUUAUUUUAUUUUUAGGUAGUGUAGUAACUCCCCCUUGGUUUUUCUUUGGGCCACGGUUCUUUUCUAAGGGUUUAGCUUGAACCGGGUGUCGGUAGUUUUUGUUAUUUUGUUUUUAGUUUUAGUUAGCAUUGAUGAGCUACGAGCUGAAAUAGAAAGAGAAUCCAUUGGCGUUAAUACACAUGAACACAAUCAACACUAGAGUGUAACGCCUAAGCUCAAUGGUUGACCGGGUGUAUGUUUGUGCCUUAAGCACUUGAAUGGUAUUGAAAUUAUGCAAAAGCAAAAGUGUGUGGUGGUGAUUUGGUUUUUGAGUGGAACCAUUGAAAUAGAGAAAGGGUGCAGAGUUUUGAAGAGUAAAAGAAUAAGAACCACACAAAAAAAUGAAUGAGUAAAUGUAGUAGUUGAUAAGUGGUGGUUGUUACAAUGACACCUAAUGGAUGGGGAUGUUGUAAAUAAAAAAAAAGUGGUGGAGUGUUUGGUUGACAUAAGUAUGAUUUUGAAGGUUAAUGUAAUUGUAUUAAAAGUGCUUAGGGAGGUUAGUCACUAUUCCCAAAUAUAUCCUACCCGUCCUUUAACCUACAUUACA